CGUCAAUCGGUUUCCUCUUUGUGUUGCUUAUGCCAAGCAUUUUCUCUUUAGGAGUUUCUCUUCUAAAAAUAGAAACCACAGAAGACAUAAGAACAAAUAUUUUUAUAAAUUUUCUAUGGCUGCGUCAUCGUGUAAUUAUAAUUAAUAUAAAAUAUUAGAAAACAGAAGCAACGAGAUUAAUUCGUUUUUAGUUUGUUUGUGCUCUUGUUUCGUUCGCGUUUGUUUUUCGCAUUCGUGAAUAAGCGAGUAACCUUGGUGUUUUUUUUUUAUGAACAAAAUAAUAAAGCAUCGCUCAUUCAUUUGCAGUUUAGUUAAAUUUGAUUUGGAGCACCCAUUUUAUGAUUUCUUUCUUUUACAUUUUUAAAUUGCUAUCAAAAGUGAAGUUAGUAAAAAAACAUAUGCCCUAAAAAAGAUAAGCGCUGUAUAAUAUUGCGAAAAGAAUUUCUGCGAAUUAUUGGAGCUAAUUUCAUUUCUCUAAGGUGGAGGAAAAUAUUACAUAGUGGAAGACAAAAAUGAUUCACGUAGGCGAGAACAGUUGGAACCUAAGGAUCUUUAUAACAGAUCUGCAGGUUGAGAAAACCUUAAGGGUGCGAGGCGAUCAACACAUAGGUGGCAUCAUGCUUCAACUCGUUGAUCCAGAACAUCCGAAAGAUUGGUCCGACCACGCCCUUUGGUGGCCUGCUAAAAACAUUUGGCUUACACGCACACGUUCAACACUGGAUCAAGUGGGUGUUCACGCUGACUGCUUGCUACACUUUACGCCAAUGCACAAAGUUUUACGUGUGCAAUUACCAGAUUUACGCUAUUUAGAUUGCCGUGUCGACUUCUCCAUUAAAACAUUUGGUGCUGUUGUUAAUCUAUGUAAAAAUUUAGAUAUUCGUCAUCCAGAAGAAAUGUCUCUUUGCAAGCCACUUGAACAAGAACACAUUAAAAAGAAUUUUUCGAAUUAUCCACAAAAGAAAAUCCCAAUAGCUGAGCCGAACGGAACUACAUACUUGCAUCCUGCUCCUGACACAAAUUCAUUUAUACCAAUCAAUUCAGCAUAUAAUGGUAGUAAUGGAAGCUUAGAUAAAUCGCAUAAUGACAAUUUUCUAUGUGCGCCGGUUUCACCAUAUGCAACAACGCCCCGACGCACCGGAAAUGGUACAGCCCCAGGUACUCCUAUUGGCUCACCUACAGGUACUUGGAAGCAAAGCAGCAAUGGAUAUGCAACAUUUGAUUCUUCAUCUAGUUUAGGAGAUUUCCAAGAAAAUCUAGCUAUCUCCCCACGUUCACCAAGUCCGGAUGUGCGCGCACGCUUAGUACGCCCACGCUCACUUCUUGAAAAAGCACGUAUGAAUGUGGGAUGGCUUGAUUCUUCGUUGUCAAUUAUGGAGCAAGGUAUCCGUGAAUAUGACACCUUAUGCUUACGUUUCAAAUAUUAUACCUUCUUCGAUCUAAAUCCAAAAUACGAUCAAGUCCGCAUUAAUCAAUUAUACGAACAGGCUAAGUGGUCAAUACUAAACGAAGAAUUAGAUUGUACCGAAGAAGAAUCGUUAAUGUUCGGCGCACUGCAGUUUCAAGUAAACCGUCAAACUGAAAUCAACCCACCAGCACUAUUUUCUGAUGCUAAUACUUCCAAUGUUGGUAAUGGCACUGACGACGAUAUAGACUCUGCACUCAAUGAAUUGCAAAUUACACUUGAGGGUCCAAAUUCAGCUGGUGAUGGCGGAAAUAUUACUAAAAUACCUGAGUUGUCAGAUUACUUACGCUUCCUUAAACCACGCAAGUUCACUUUAAAAGGCUACAAGCGUUUCUUUUUCACUUACCGUGAUUUGCAUUUGCACCUUUACAAAAGCGCUGAAGAGUCACGUCGAGGAGCCCCAGCAUUUACAAUAAAUUUAAGAGGUUGUGAGGUUACACCUGAUGUCAAUUUGGCACAAUCUAAGUUUGCAAUACGUUUAGAGGUACCACCAGAUGGCAGAAGUGGUCCAAACACAGAAGUAUGGGUUAGAUGCGACAAUGAGGAACAGUACGCAAAAUGGAUGGCCGCAUGCCGAUUAGCUGCUAAGGGUCGCUCACUAGCUGACAGUUCAUAUGAAAGUGAAGUAGCUAGUAUUCGAACAUUACUCAACAUGCAAAAACCAGCACAAGGUGCCUCUGUGAAUAUUGAUCCACGUUCGGUGGAUGCUAACGAUUAUUUGUCAUCAAAAAUCUUACGUAAAUUGUCAAGCAAAGCAGUACAAAGAAUGCUGGAAGCUCAUGCCAAUGUGCGAAAACUUUCGUUGAUGGAAGCCAAACUAAAAUACAUUGAAGCUUGGCAAUCGUUGCCAGAUUUUGGUGUAACGUUCUUCGUCAUUAAAUUUGAUGGUCAUAAAAAGGAAGAAUUACUUGGAGUUGCAAACAAUCGCAUUAUGCGUAUGGACCUGAAUACCGGUGAUCACAUAAAAACAUGGAGAUAUAACACAAUGAAAGCGUGGAAUGUCAAUUGGGGUAUUAAAUGCAUGAUGAUUCAGUUCCACGACGAGAAUGUCGUUUUUUCGUGCCAGUCAGCUGAUUGCAAAGUGGUGCAUGAAUUUAUCGGUGGUUAUAUUUUUAUGUCUAUGCGUUCCAAGGAAAACAACCAAACACUUAACGAUGAAAUGUUCCAUAAGCUGACAGGUGGUUGGGUUUGAUCAUAGCAGAAGCAGAAGCAGUAAAUCAGUUAAUAUAACACGUUUUAAGGAGUAGUAGUGCUAAGCACAACAAAUUUAAUUAUUACACGUUUAUUGUAGAACAAAUCAUUUCUAACGAUGCUGUACAGAUAUUUGGACUAAACAAAUCGAAUAGUUCGUUGCCUUUAACAUAAAACAAAAUAAUAUACGUAAACUAAACGUAGUUAAUGUUUCCAAACAAUUAAUUAAUGAAUCGAUAAUGCCAAUGUGCCUAACAAUGUCUAGUGUAACUGCUUUUAAUCUAUUUUUUAAUGUUCAGGAUGUAACGAUGCGCACACCAUUUGGAGAAUGGAGUUGGUUGUAGUGAAGGAAAGAAUUAGGUUUCGUUUUAAAAAUUAAAUCUAAUAAACUUAUUUAAGAUAUAUAUACUUUGUAAUUUGUGACUAACUGCAUUAAUAUUAAAUCGUUGUAUCGCUUUUGUAAUAUAUUUUAUCUAUUAACAAAACAUAAAUUAUUUUUAACGAA